GAAUUGAGCAUUUCUUUUAAAACCUUCGAUUUGGAUAAACCAAAAUGGCGAAGCAGCGUUAAAGCUUUCUUUCGCUUUUUUUUUUUUUUUUUUUGUUUUCAGUUCACCAAAAACCUUCCUUGGUUAUGGUAAUCAAUUGGAAGACUAAGACCGCAUUGCCAAAUUCUCAAUGCAGUCCAUCCGAAACCAUAAUUUGAUCAAGUUUACUUCUCGAUUCUGCUGAAGACGAUGACCUCCAUUGACACUUUGUUUUCAGCUGGGGUUUAUCUCCCUAAGCCGCAGACCACACUCGCCAAAACAAUUCCUAAACGCUCAAAUUCUCUUAAUUUCACUCGAAAAUUUCGAUCAAGAGCUCCAGUUCUUCGUCGAUCAUUUACGGUUUUAUAUGAAUUGCAGUCUGGCUCUAUAUCACAGCCCGGUGACGCUGGUAAACCCACUGGGGAUGAUUUUGUCACUACAGUUCUGAAGGAAAACCCUAGCCAAGUAGAACCCAGGUACAGAAUUGGGGAUAAGUUUUAUACUUUGAAAGAGAAACAGAACUUGAGUAAGGACCGCAAUGCGGGUAUCCUCGAAAUUUUAAAGAGAAAGCUGAACUCGAAAGUGACAUCCGAGAACUUCAGUGAAGACCAUGAAAUUGAGAGUGGAAAGAGAAGCGAAACCGUCUACUUGAAAGAUAUUUUGAGGGAAUAUAAAGGGAAACUUUUUGUGCCUGAACAGAUUUUUGGGGCGGAGUUAUCGGAGGAGGAGGAAUUUGAUAGGAACUUGGAGGAAUUGCCUAAGAUGAGCUUUGAUGAUUUUAGGAAAGCUAUGAAGAGUGACAAGGUUAAGUUAUUGACUUCCAAGGAAGCUUUGGGCGUUUCCUAUGGAAAUGGAUACAAGGAUUUCAUUGUGGAUUUAAAGGAGAUUCCAGGGGACAAAGGCUUGCAUAGAACUAAAUGGGCAAUGAGGCUUGACGAAAGUGAAGCUCAAGCUCUUUUGGAGGAAUAUACAGGUCCACAAUAUGAAAUAGAACAACAUAUGACGUCCUGGGUAGGAAAAGUGCCAGAGUAUCCUCAUCCAGUGGCAUCUUCCAUAUCUAGCAGAAUGAUGGUGGAGCUUGGGAUGGUGACUGCUGUAAUGGUUGCAGCAGCAGUUGUUGUUGGGGGUCUUUUAGCUUCGGCUUUAUUUGCUAUUACCAGUUUUGUGUUUGUAACAACUUCAUAUGUUGUAUGGCCAAUAGCCAAGCCAUUUAUUAAACUUUUCCUAGGUCUCAUCUCUGGUAUUCUGGAGAGGUUUUGGGAUAAUAUUGUUGAUUUUUUUGGUGAUGGUGGAAUAUUCUCUAAGUUAUACGAAUUUUACACUUUUGGUGGUGUUUCUGCAAGCCUUGAGAUGCUCAAACCAAUUAUGCUUGUUGUUUUAACCAUGGUUCUUCUUGUUCGAUUCACACUUUCUCGAAGGCCUAAGAACUUCAGGAAAUGGGAUUUAUGGCAAGGGAUUGAUUUUUCUCGAUCUAAAGCAGAAGCUCGUGUUGAUGGAUCGACUGGGGUUAAGUUUAGUGAUGUGGCAGGGAUUGAUGAAGCAGUUGAGGAGCUUCAAGAGUUGGUGAGGUACUUGAAGAAUCCAGAAUUGUUUGAUAAAAUGGGGAUAAAGCCUCCUCAUGGGGUUCUUUUGGAGGGUCCGCCAGGAUGUGGCAAGACUCUGGUUGCUAAGGCCAUAGCAGGUGAAGCUGGUGUUCCGUUUUAUCAAAUGGCUGGAUCUGAAUUUGUUGAAGUUUUGGUUGGUGUUGGAUCUGCUCGUAUCAGGGACCUAUUUAAGAGAGCCAAGAUAACUUUGCCUCUCUCUGUGAUAUUUCUUGAUGAUUUGUUUAUUUCCACAAACAGGCGUCAAGGGAUUUUCAGAGAAUCCACCGACCACCUGUAUAAUGCAGCCACUCAAGAAAGGGAAACAACAUUGAAUCAGCUGUUGAUAGAGCUUGAUGGCUUUGACACUGGAAAAGGUGUUAUAUUCUUAGCUGCUACAAAUCGUCGGGAUCUUCUAGACCCUGCACUUCUUCGACCAGGUCGUUUUGAUCGCAAGAUAAGAAUUCGUCCUCCAAAUGCAAAAGGGAGAUUUGAAAUUUUGAAGAUUCAUGCUAGCAAAGUGAAGAUCUCGGAGUCUGUUGAUUUAUCCUCUUAUGCUAACAACUUACCUGGAUGGACUGGAGCUAAGUUGGCGCAGCUGGUCCAAGAGGCUGCUCUUGUGGCAGUCAGGAAAGGUCACGAGUCAAUUCUUCAGUCAGAUAUGGAUGAUGCGGUUGAUCGACUUACAGUAGGACCCAAACGUGUUGGCAUAGAGUUGGGCCAUCAGGGACAAUGUCGUAGAGCUACUACUGAAGUGGGAGUUGCCAUGACUUCUCAUUUGCUUCGGAGAUAUGAAAAUGCAGAAGUUGAAUGCUGUGAUCGCAUUUCGAUUAUCCCCCGUGGUCAGACGUUGUCGCAAGUCAUAUUUCACCGCCUUCAUGAUGAAUCAUAUAUGUUUGAGCGUCGACCGCAGUUACUCCAUCGCCUUCAGGUCUUAUUAGGAGGGAGGGCCGCAGAAGAGGUAAUUUACGGACGGGACACAUCAAGAGCAUCAGUCGACUACCUUGCAGAUGCAUCUUGGCUCGCUCGUAAAAUUUUAACCAUAUGGAAUUUAGAAAACCCAAUGGUCAUACAUGGAGAACCACCUCCUUGGACAAAGAAGGUUAAAUUUGUCGGCCCUCGAUUGGAUUUUGAAGGAUCACUCUAUGAUGACUAUGGUCUGAUUGAACCCCCUGUCAACUUCAAUAUGGACGAUGAAGUUGCAGAAAGAACAGAAAAACUUAUUCGCAGCAUGUACGGUAAGACAGUUUCUCUUCUUAGAAGGCACCAUGCUGCUCUGCUAAAAGCUGUAAAGGUUCUUCUCAAUCAGAUGGAAAUCAGUGGAGAAGAGAUUGAUUUCAUUUUGAAUAAUUAUCCUCCACAAACUCCUGUGAGUCUUCUCUUAGAGGAGGAGAAUCCGGGAAGUCUAAGAUUCAACAAGGAACAAGGGCGUGAACUGGAGUAUGUCCUCGCAAGUAAUUGCAAAGCUGAGACUGGGAAUGAGCUAAAUGGAGUUUGAAAUUUUGACAAUGUAAUAAAUUGAAAAUUUUUCUUUAAUAAAUUUUAUUAAGAGUACA